AUGUCUCAAUACGGUUACGGACAGAACCCUCAGUACGGUGCAGGCAAUGCACAAAACCUCCAAUUCUACUCCUCGUCCUUCUCGAACCAACCAGUAUCUGGACACUCUACACCCUUCCAAGCAAACUAUGGCGCGCCGGCGAGCCAAGCAUAUCCUUCUCAGUAUGGCGCUGGGUUUUCGGCUCCAGGAGUGAGUGGGCAGAUGGGAAUGGGUACAUCAGGCCUACGAACAGGCUGGUUGGCAGCAUUUGGCACAGAGGGAUACGAGGGAGAACCGCCACUACUGGAAGAGCUGGGAGUGAACUUUAAGCACAUACAAAUGAAGACGUUGGCCGUCCUGAACCCUUUCGGUCGCAUCGACCAGCACAUUAUGGAUGAUAGCGAUGUAGCUGGCCCGAUUCUUUUCUUCUUAGUAUUUGGCACGUCUUUAUUGUUGUCUGGCAAACUCCACUUUGGUUACAUAUACGGAUUGGCAUUUGUCGGCACUAUCCUACUUCACCAGAUCCUUUCUCUCAUGUCCCCUCCUGUCAACACGGUUGAGGCAACACCCGGAGAUCAUGGUCACCCACAUGGGUCACACCUGGGUUCCUCAUUGACGUUUCCACGAUCGGCGUCCGUUCUGGGUUACUGCCUGCUCCCUCUCGUGUUGGUCGCCAUUUUCGGAAUCAUUGUCCCACUUGACGGGCUGUUUGGAUAUCUUCUUACUAGUCUGGCAAUCACAUGGUGCUCGUACAGUUCGAGCUCAAUGUUUACCGUUGUUGGCCGCAUGACAUCAAUGCGAGGCUUGGUAGCAUAUCCUAUGGUUCUAUUCUAUGGCAGCUUUGGUAUCAUGGCCAUUUUCAGCUCACGGGGCACUGGACAACUGGCAAAGGCGGCGGCAUCGUAG